UCUGUCAGUCGAUUAUUUUAGUAAUAGGUGUUUUGUAAUGGAGGCUUGUUUAUAGAACAAAAAUGAUUUUUAACAAGAACUAUCAAUUUAUUAUUUUGUAAAGUUUAUAGUGUUAAUAAAUAACAAAAUGUUCGACGUUUUGCGGCCUGUGUUUAACGUGUUCUGGUCAGAAAGUGUUUGGUUACCGCCUAAUACGACAUGGCAUGAUAUUUCCCCGGAAAGCAGUGAUGUUAUUAAGCAUGCAGAUUAUAGAGAUUUAAUUUAUCCGAUACCCAUGGCAUUUGUCGUAUUAUUCCUAAGAAAAAUAUUGGAAAGAUAUUGGUUUUGGCCAAUAGGCAUCUCUCUUGGUAUCAAAAAUACGAGGCCAAAGCGAGCAGUUGCCAACACACUACUAGAAAGUGCCUAUCAAAUAAAUAGCAGACUUAAAUAUAAACAGGUAGUAUCAUUGUCAAAACAACUAGAUUGGUCUGAAAGACAGAUCGAGAGGUGGUGGCGGCUACGAAGAGCUCAAGACAAACCGUCUACUUUAGUCAAAUUUUGCGAGAAUUCGUGGAGGUGCCUUUAUUAUUCAUAUAGUUUCGUAUAUGGUCUGAUUGCGCUUUGGGAUAAGCCCUGGUUAUGGGAUAUAGAUGAAUGCUGGAAGCAAUAUCCCCAUCAGUCAGUCAACAAUGAGACUUGGUGGUAUUAUAUGAUAUCGAUGAGUUUUUACUGGUCGCUCUGCAUAUCUCAGUUUACUGAUGUUCGGCGUAAGGACUUCUGGCAAAUGUUUGUUCAUCAUUGUGCAACAAUUACCUUAAUGGCUUUUUCAUGGAUUUGCAAUAUGCAUCGAAUCGGAACUCUAGUCUUAUUGGUUCACGAUUGCGCUGAUAUAUUUUUAGAGGCUGCUAAAAUAACGAAAUACGCAAAUUAUCAAAAGCUUUGUGAUUGUAUAUUUGGGUUGUUCACAGUGAUUUGGAUUGUUACAAGAUUAGGUGUUUACCCGUUUUGGAUCAUGUACAGUACUGCAGUAACUGCACCAAAUUUUGUGCCUGUGUUUCCUGCAUAUUAUAUAUUCAAUGGUCUUCUAUCCUUGCUCCUAGUUUUACACAUUGCCUGGACAUAUCUUAUAUUGCAAAUAGCUUAUAAGGCUUUAGCUGCAGGCCAAAUGGAGGGUGAUCUGAGGAGUUCAAGCAGUGAUCUGUCAGAAAGCUCUGGAGCUGGAAAUGAUAAAGUUAUUCUUAAUAACCAUGUAUCGCACCAAUAGAUAUGAAAUAUUUAGUAUAAUCUAUGAGGUGAUGUUGAUCAAUUGAAUGUUCAAUGAUCCAUCUUCAGCUUUGGCUAUGACAGGGUAAUACUCUUUAACUGGCAAUGACAGGGUUAUACUUAAUAACCACUUAUCACAUUAGUGAAUGUUAACGCAUCUUCAAAAUCUACGUAUGUAAUUAAUAUUUAUGUAUAUAAUAUAUUGUAAAUCUAUAUUCUGUACAAAUAUGUAUAUUUGUACACAUUUAUGUUCUAUAUUUGUAUACAUGCAUUACAUAUUCACA